GCCACGGGUCUGCACGGGCAGCAGCGAAUCCACAAAGUCCAACUUGACUGGGCAUCUUUUUGGUGUUUUGCGCUAUUUGCAGCAUUUGCAUCGCAGCAUUCUUCCCUAUCGUCAAACUCGCUCCUCCGCUUCCUCCAGCCCGACCACACGCCUUUGUUCCCCCAAGUCCUCGAGUUUACAUAUCGGAACCAUGCUAUCGCGGAGCUCUGCCAGAACUGCUCAGCGCCUUGCGCGAGCAGCUUCUCGCCAGCCACACCUCCAAAAUGUAUCGCGCUCCUUCGCUACCGUCGAGACCGACCUUUUCAAGCCCACCAAGUUCGGCAGCAAGUACACCGUGACCCUCAUCCCUGGUGAUGGUAUCGGUGCCGAAGUAGCAGAGAGCGUCAAGACUAUCUUCAAGGCCGACAGCGUGCCCAUUGACUGGGAACAGGUUGAUGCCUCCGGUGUUGACAGCGGUGCCCCCGGCAGCGCCGAGGAGAUGUUCCGUGAGUCUAUCGCUUCGCUUAAGAGGAACAAGCUUGGAUUGAAGGGUAUCCUCCACACCCCUAUCAGCCGAUCCGGCCACCAGAGUUUCAAUGUCGCCAUGCGUCAGGAACUUGACAUCUACGCCUCCGUCUGCCUGAUCAAGAACAUUCCUGGCUACGAUACCCGCCACAAGGACGUCGACCUGGUCAUCAUUCGAGAGAACACCGAGGGUGAAUACAGUGGCCUCGAGCACCAGAGCGUGCCCGGCGUCGUCGAGUCCCUCAAGAUCAUCACACGCCUCAAGUCCGAGCGAAUCGCCAAGUUUGCCUUCGCUUUCGCCCUAGCCAACAACCGCAAGAAGGUUACUUGCAUCCACAAGGCCAACAUCAUGAAGUUGGCUGACGGUCUCUUCCGCCGGACAGUCCAGUCCGUCGCCGCCGACUACCCCACCAUCGAGGUUAAUGACAUGAUUGUGGACAAUGCUAGUAUGCAGGCUGUCUCGAAGCCCCAACAGUUCGAUGUCAUGGUUAUGCCUAACCUCUACGGUGGUAUUCUGUCCAACAUUGGUGCCGCCCUUGUUGGUGGACCCGGUAUCGUCCCCGGCUGCAACAUGGGACGUGACGUUGCUGUCUUCGAGCCCGGCUGCCGACACGUUGGUCUAGAUAUCAAGGGCAAGGACCAGGCCAACCCCACUGCUCUGCUCCUCUCCGGCACCAUGCUUCUCCGCCACUUGGGUCUCGAUGAGCACGCGAACCGCAUCUCUAAGGCCGUCUACGGCGUUAUCGCUGAUGGCAAGUACCGCACACGCGACAUGGGCGGUGACUCCACCACUCACGAGUUCACCCGCGCCAUCCUCGACAAGAUGGACACCUUGUAAAUAAUAGAUACGAACCCAUUUUCCUCCCUAUACCCAACCCUCGAUACCACCGACCUACCCACCGCGUUCCUUCUAUAGAGCUGGGGAUAUCACGAUGAUGGCAAUGACUGUCACGGAGUCACGUUAGGCAAUGAUUUGGCCUGAAAGCUGUAUUCUUAGGUAGAUCAGGAUAGGGCCUAUUGCGUUAUACAGUUCUUAUGUUCAAAAAAACAAACAAUAUUUUGGAAUGUGCGUGUCCCGCCUUGGUUGACUUCGAUUUCCGCUGUCGAAGUAUUGAUUCGUCGUAUUUGAGUCGCUAUAGUUGCGCAAGUGAGCAGCCACCUGGACUUUAUCUGAACACCUUCUGGUACAUUGUUCAUUCAGUUAUUGCUAGUUUACUCACAUAUCUAGAAUGGACCGGGGACAAGAGAUU